UGAAGAGACCAUUGAAGAAAUUAGUCGAUGAAAGAAGUGCGAUCAAGAAAGUCGUGGUAGUGAAUUGGUUGUGCGAUUAACGAAGAGAAGAAAAUUUUUGUCCAUUUUUUGUGAAGCAUUCAAUAUUCAAAUUGAUUGAAAUUUUUGCUUUUUGCGAGUUUUUGUUAAAAAAGAAACAAUUUCGAUGAAAAAAAUGAAACUCUCAACGUUGAUUGAGGUACUGCUUAUUUUGAUUAUAAUUGCGUUUGCCGCAUCGAAACCGGUUGAUACAGAUGGUCGAGCUUUGAAAUAUGGUCGAAAAAAUGCAGCUCUUCCCAAACAACAACAGCCGGUAGUGGAUGCUGCAGCAGCUGUCGUUGCACCUGUCGUCACCGCUGUCGAAUCGGCGUCAGUGGCGCCCGUUUCCGCCGUUACACCCACAGAUGAGGUCGACGUUGAUGAUCUACUCGGACUGGUUGUAGGAGAGGAUGACGAUGACGACGAAGAAGAGGAGGAAGAGGAAGAACCAGUUGAGGCUGAUGACGAUGACGACGAUUUAUUCGGUCUUGGAGGUGAUGAUACUGAUGAUGACGAGCCCGAAGCACUAGCCGCUGAAGCCGUUGAAGAAGCUGAUGCCGAUACGGAUGAAGGAGCAUUUGGCAUUUUCGGAGGUGACUUCUUUGAAGCACUAUUCGAGGAUGAAACUACAACCAAGAAACCAAAAGUUAAACCUUCCGCUGUUGUACCGACUGUUGUAGCUGCACCAGUUGAGGCUGCUGUAGCUGCAUCAGCUGCUGCAUCCGUUGCUGCUGCUGAAGCUGCUGCUGCUAUUGAAGCUGUCGUCACGCCUGGUAAAAAAUCAUCAAUUCAAAACAAAAUUUCUCGUCGCAAAGUUGUCCCAUUGAAAUCGGUUCAGCCAAUAGUCUUGGAUAAGAACAAUUUAAAUUUUCAACAUACGUCAGCUCUGCUCGAAUUAUCACAAUCCUCAAUCAAAAAACCAAAUGAAGAUCAGAUAGUGAUUGGACUAGAACCCGGUCAGCGUGUUCCAGAGAAAGUUGUUGUCAUUCAAGUACCAGAAUCGACAAACAAUGACGAAGAGACAGCCGUGAACCAAGUAACUGAACAAUUGAUGGAAAGUAAUGAAAUUCCAUCAGAGAAAGUUACCAUCGAACAAGUGCCACAAUUUAGCAAUGCUAUUAACUCGGAAGAAGAUGACGACAAUAUGAUCAUCAUUUCCAGUUCAUCCGACAAUGAAACUGUAGAAAAGGACGUUCACGAAGAGGAAGUCAGCGAAAGUGACGAAGUUGCUGAAGAAGAUGAUUUAGUGGAAGAUGAAAAAGUUCAAGAGACCGUUGUUGAACCGGUUGAAGUAUCCACUGUAGCUGUGACAAAAAAGAAACCAGUUGAGAAAGAGGACGACGGACUGUUGACGACUAUCGUUGGUUUGAUAGAUGAUGAGGACGAUGACGAAGUAAAAGGUGACGGUACAAAAGACGAAGCAGUAGCGACGGAAGACACAACGUCCGAGGAGGAGGAGGACGACGAAGAGGAGGAUGAAAAAGAUAGUACCGAAAAGGAUGAUGAAGUGGAAAAAGAUGAAGACGAUGACGAAGACGAGGAGGAUGAAGAUGAAGAUGACGACGACGAUACGGAUAAGAAGCCAGCAACUGAAACGAAAAAACCGGAAAAAGGAAAUAAAACGAAGACGAAAGAGGAUGACAUUACGUUCGCAAGCAUCGGUGAGACACUUGGACUGUCACGGAUCUUCAGAGCAAAGGGAGCAAAGGCUGAAUAAAACGUUUUACUUGAUUGUGUAUCCAGUGUGUGUUUGUUAGGACAAUUGUAGCUAAUUUAUUAUUUUAUUUAUUUAUUUAUUUAUUUAUUUUCGUGCUCAUUCAUUUGUCUGUUGCGACUGCGAUUUCAAAAAUGUUAUGCCAUAAGUAAUCUUUGACCGUAUUUCCACAACAUGUACCUCAGAAAAAGGAGCACAUUGAAGACAAUCAGUUCGAUGGCAUAUAUCAUGGAUGGUUUAGAUAGAGAGUAAAAAUUAACAAAAAAAAGAUUCAGCUAAAUUCGAAUAGAAAUUAGAGAUAAUUUUGUCUACCGAAAUCGAUGUGUAGGUUAAUUCUUUUCGUUUAUAAAUGUUUUUGAUUUUUUGAUUCAAUAAAAAUCCAUCCGAUAAAUUUAAAA